AUGGGUCGCCGGCCGGCUAGGUGUUACCGGUACAUCAAGAAUAAACCAUAUCCAAAAUCGCGUUUCUGUCGAGGAGUUCCCGACCCAAAGAUUCGCAUUUUCGAUCUUGGUAAAAAGAAGGCUGGCGUGGAUGAGUUCCCUUGCUGCGUGCAUAUGAUGUCAAACGAACGUGAACAUCUUUCAUCUGAAGCUCUUGAGGCAGCUCGUAUCUGUGCUAACAAGUACAUGGUGAAGAACUGCGGAAAGGACAGUUUCCAUCUUCGAGUUCGAAAACAUCCAUACCACGUCACCCGAAUCAACAAAAUGUUAUCAUGCGCCGGCGCUGAUCGUCUGCAGACGGGUAUGCGUGGAGCUUAUGGAAAGCCGCAAGGCUUGGUGGCCCGUGUCGAUAUCGGAGAUAUACUCUUCUCCAUGCGUGUCAAGGAAGGUAACGUGAACCAUGCCAUCGAAGCCUUCCGUCGUGCCAAGUUCAAGUUCCCUGGUCGCCAGUUGAUUGUCGUAUCACGAAAAUGGGGAUUCACUCGUUGGGAUAAGGCUGACUAUGAGCGUAUGCGCGAAGAAGGACGUCUGAGAUCGGAUGGAGUUAAUGUUCAACUUGUACGUGAGCAUGGUCCACUAGAGAAGUGGGUGAACAACCCUAUCUAA